UCAUUUGGCGAAGAACGUGUCGCAACGUAAACAAGUGGGUGUGGUGGCGUUUUGCAAGAAGAAAAUUACAAAAAUUCCGCAAUUUCGGAAUAUGUUGAAGCCUAAACGACAAGCCAAACAGAAACCUAAAGCAAAACCGAUUCCAUGGGGACUGAAAAAAAUCUGUUGGGGACUGAUAAAUAUAACUGUGCCCAGGCAUCAACCUCGAAGUUGGAUUGAGACAAAUUUUCAGAAACGUGAAUGUAUCAAAUUUAUACCAUGCCCGAAAGAUGAAACGAGAUGUUGCUGCGGCCAAGCUCGAGUAACCCAUCAAACCAUCGCUGGCAUCGAAAGUGGAUCGCCCGGUGACUUAUGGCUACCGCAUAAGCAUACAAGGGCCCAGCCCACCGAUGCUUAUGGUACCAUUGAAUUUCAAGGUGGUGCUCAUCCCACAAAAGCUCAGUAUGUACGUCUUUCAUUCGAUACCCGUCCCGAAUUAUUGGUGCAGCUAUUUACCAAAGAAUGGAAUUUGGAAUUGCCCAAACUCCUGAUAACAGUACAAGGUGGAAAGGCGAAUUUUGAGUUACAGCCAAAGUUGAAAAAGGAAAUUCGUAAAGGUUUAUUGAAAGCAGCCAAAACCACAGGAGCAUGGAUUUUCACGGGUGGCACCAAUACAGGUGUAACCAAACAAGUCGGUGAUGCUCUACUCCUGGAAGGUCAACAACGUACCGGACGUGUUGUUAGCAUUGGUAUAGCACCGUGGGGUAUUGUUGAACGUAACCAUGAACUGUUGGGUCACAAUCGUGAAGUUCCCUGCCACAGCAUCAGUUCACCAAGAUCUAAACUUGCCGUCCUUAAUAAUCGCCAUGCUUACUUUUUGCUUGUCGACAAUGGAACUCAAGCGAAAUAUGGUGCCGAGUUGAUAUUGCGCCGGAAACUAGAGAAGUUUAUAUCCAAUUUGAAACUGCAUCCUUUUACACAUUCCAGUACUCCCGUCGUUUGUCUCGUUAUCGAGGGCGGUACAAAUACGAUACGUGCAGUUCUCGAAUACGUGACUGAUACACCGCCCGUGCCAGUGGUGGUUUGUGAUGGAUCUGGGCGUGCUGCAGACCUGAUAGCAUUCGUUCACAAAUAUGCCUCUGAUGGUGACGAACAACCGGUACUGGAAUCCAUGAGAGACUAUCUCAUUGGCACAAUACAAAAAACAUUCGAAGUGGGCUCCGAUCAGGCCGAGAAAUUGUAUCAGGAACUUUUGCAAUGUACACGCAACAAGAAUUUGAUAACAAUAUUUCGGAUACAGGAAAAGCCAGAAGGCGAGGCACAGGAAUUGGAUCAAACCAUUUUAACAGCCCUCUUCAAAUCGCAGCACUUGAGUCCACCGGAGCAAUUGAGUUUGGCAUUGACCUGGAAUCGUGUUGACAUAGCACGCAGUGAGAUUUUUGUUUACGGCCAAGAGUGGCCAAAUGGAGCACUUGAUGAGGCCAUGAUGCAGGCACUGGAACACGACCGAAUCGAUUUUGUUAAAUUACUUUUAGAAAAUGGUGUUUCAAUGAAGAAAUUUCUGACAAUACCACGCCUUGAGGAGCUUUACAAUACCAAACAUGGUCCAGCAAAUACGUUAGGUUACAUUUUACGCGAUGUUCGUCCUCAUAUACCCAAAGGAUACGUUUAUACUUUACACGAUAUUGGUUUAGUUAUUAAUAAAUUAAUGGGUGGCGCCUAUAGAUCGUAUUAUACACGCCGAAAAUUUCGUCCUAUUUAUGCCAAAGUUAUGAAUAGUUAUGCCAAUGCACACCGAAAAUCAUCGACAUACCAACGAUAUGCUGGCGCAAAUUCGUUAAGUCUGGUCACGGGUCUUUUGCCCUUUACAUCGGAAAUGGCCCUUUUCGAAUUUCCGUUUAAUGAACUUUUGAUAUGGGCUGUGCUAACAAAACGCCAACAAAUGGCACUGCUGAUGUGGACCCAUGGCGAGGAGGCAUUGGCAAAGUCAUUGGUUGCCUGUAAAUUGUAUAAAGCAAUGGCCCAUGAAGCGGCCGAAGAUGAUUUGGACACGGAAAUUUAUGAAGAAUUGCGUUCGUAUGCCAAAGAAUUUGAAAGCAAAGGUAUUAAAUUACUCGACUUUAGUUACCGAACAGAUGCCGAAAAGGCUCAACGUCUAUUGACGUGUGAAUUGCAUUCUUGGUCCAACCAAAGUUGUCUAUCCCUUGCGGUUGCAGCCAAUCACAGAGCACUCCUGGCCCAUCCCUGCAGUCAAGUUAUAUUGGCAGAUUUAUGGAUGGGUGGAUUGCGAACACGAAAAAAUACUAAUUUUAAGGUUAUAUUAGGUUUAAUUCUGCCAUUUUAUAUAAAACAUUUGGAUUUCAAAUCAAAAGAGGAACUCCAACAAAUGCCUCAAACCGAAGAGGAACAUUUAGAAAAUCAAAAUUUGGACAAUGAUGAUUCAGAUCGUUCCCAUCCUGAUGCCGAGAAUCCUCUCACAAAAGCGAAAAGGUCAAUUUCUUUGAAAUAUAGGAUGGGCAGUAAUAACAAUAAUGCAGAAAAGGCACUUUUGGCGGACACAUAUUCAUUGCGUGACACCAAAGUUCAUGAAAACGGAAAAGUAUCACUGACAGACUCCGAUCCAUCGCAAUUUCGUGAUUUCUUUCACAACACCGACUACGAAAUUAAACAACACCAACCGUUGCGGCUUAAGAAAAAGGUCUACGAAUUUUAUACAGCACCGAUAACAAAAUUUUGGGCCGAUUCGAUUGCUUAUAUGUUUUUCCUGGGAAUGUUUACAUUUACGGUAUUGGUUAAAAUGGAACCCAUGCCACGAUGGCAAGAAAUCUAUUCCAUUGCAUAUAUAACCACAUUAGGUUUUGAAAAAAUCCGUGAAAUUGUCUCCUCCGAGCCAGUAGCGAUUACACAUAAAUUUUCCGUAUGGGCGUGGAACAUGUGGAAUCCGUGUGAUGGCGCUGCUAUAAUACUUUUCUUUAUUGGCCUAUCUUUACGAUUUCGACCGAACACUAUGGAUAUUGGUCGAGUCAUUUACUGCGUUGACAGCAUCUAUUGGUAUUUGCGGAUACUAAACAUUUUAGGUGUUAACAAAUAUUUGGGUCCUCUGGUUACAAUGAUGGGCAAAAUGGUCAAGAACAUGAUUUAUUUUGUUGUCCUAUUGGCUGUGGUAUUAAUGAGUUUCGGUGUUAGCAGACAGGCCAUACUGUUUCCAAAUAUGGAACCAACAUGGCGUCUGUUCCGAGAGGUCACCUAUCAGCCAUACUUCAUGUUGUAUGGUGAAGUGUUUGCCGAUGACAUUGAUCCACCAUGCGGAGAAAAUCCAGGGCAAACGGCUUGUGUUACAGGUCAUUGGGUAACACCGAUUACAAUGUCAAUGUAUUUGUUGAUAGCAAAUAUCUUAUUGAUCAAUCUUUUGAUUGCCGUUUUCAAUAACAUCUUCAACGAAGUCAAUUCAGUUUCCCAUCAGGUGUGGAUGUUUCAGCGCUUCACCGUCGUUAUGGAAUAUCAACAGAAACCCGUUCUACCGCCGCCCUUUAUUGCCUUCUGUCAUUUCUAUUCGCUGCUCAAGUAUUGUAUACGCAAAGCCAAAGGAUUGGAAGUUCAACGGGACAACGGUCUGAAGCUUUUCCUGGAAAAGGACGAUUUGGAACGUCUGUACGACUUUGAAGAGGAGUGUGUGGAGGGAUUCUUCCACGAGCAAGAGAUAAUCCUAAACCAGUCGACUGAAGAACGCGUCAAGAAUACCACGGAACGUGUGGAAACAAUGGCCCAGAAAAUCGAAGACAUUAAUCAAAAGGAAAAUUUGCAAACGGCCACAGUUCAGAAUAUUGAAUUCCGUAUACGCAAAAUGGAAGAAUCUUCUGAGCAAAUAUUAAGUCAUUUAGCUGUCAUUCAUCGCUUCAUGUCUAUGCACAUGGGACAAGAGGAUAUAAAUGCUUCUAACAUGAAUAUUGGCCCUGGAGAUUUGCAGCGAAUUCGUACUGUUUCAAUGUCAGACAACGAAGCUGGUAGUGGAGGUGCUGGCAGUGGCGGAACUGGCGGAGGUGGUGGUAGUUCUGGUGGUGGUGGUCUUGCAUCUGGUCAGCAUAGCCUUCAGGUUACUAAUAGGAAACGCUUUAAUCGUUCCCUUACUGAAGUACGACCAGAUGCGUAUAUCUUUGAUGACGGCACACACUUUGAAGUUGUACCUGUACCAGAAGAACCCGACGAGGUUGUCAAAUCGCGGGAAGCUUUAAAUGACCAGGUGGUUCGAAAAGUAUCGGUACAAUCGGAAUCCGAUUCUGAUAUCUAUAUUCCACUCUCACAACGACCUUCAACAUGCGAAACUGUGAAACGAACCCCCUAUGUAACUGUCCGACAAGACACUGGAGCAAGUACCGAAAGUAAAGAUACACUUACACCCCUGGGUCAUGACGAUGACCAGACACUUGUUGGGGAAACUUCUGAUGAAACGGGACCAGAUAUAAACUUCGAAGCUGCCAGGCAUCGAGCUAUGCGUCAACGCACGGUUUCCUUAUGUCGCAGAAAUUCUGAGACAUGCUCAAUAAUCGGCGACAUUAGCCGCUCUCACAUAAGUCUGAAUCAAUUACACCUAUCGAGACGCCAGAUGAGUUUGACACACUCUGAACCGGACAGCGAUAAGGAGGUUGCACCAGGAAAAUCUGUUCUGCAUGCAAAACCUUCGAGAAAUAUUCUCCUGAAAUUGCAUAGCGAAUAUACUUCGAUUACGGAUGAAUUAGAGAGUGUUUGCCAUAUGAUUGCCUCACCCACGGUGUCAUUGCCAAGUCACAAGACAUCCUUGGAUAGACCCAAAACGGAAAUGUCAAAAGCAGAGGCAGCUGCUUUGCUAGAAAAACAACAUUUGAAAGAGUGCGAGGAAAGUGAUUAUCAAAUCCUUGAAGGACUGUUUCAGGCGCGUGCUUCUAUCGAUGAUACUGAUGAUUCAUAUGAAGCGGGAAUUUCCAUUGAUUACAGUCAUCGACAUCCGCUGCGACGCGAAACAGCCGUUGAACUUUCACCAUCGAAGCCACCAGCUGGUGGUGGGGUAAUUGGCGGAGAUAGCAGCGAUACAAGUGCCGCUGCAGGUUUUCAAGUGAAAAAUGAACGACUGUGGCAACGAAACGCUUCAAUGGAACAACAGCAGACAUAUCAGUCACCAGUUGUUCCCCAACGAGCCACAAGUGAAUUCCUCAAUCCCCCCUAUGAAAGUACCGGGCGGCUCUUCAAAAAGUCUAGCGAAAGUUUACAGAAGAAUUCCAGCACAGACACAGACUAUUCUGCCCAUCCGUAUCGCUUUAUUAAGCAAAGCUCAAAUGAAACGACCACCUCUAUGACUGGUUCCUACAACAUCGAUACACCCUCAUUAACGGCGGAGCCAUCUCUAGACGCUGCAGACAUCCAAACCCCGGCCCAUGCGACAACAGUGCUCGAAAGCGGUGUUAGCCUAUGCGGUGGUGGCGCAUUAAGCACCUCGGCUCGUUAUCAACCGUUGCGUACCUCUUCGAUGGGUGCCUCAGAUAUGAAACGGCCCAGCGAAGAUGUAUCGACAUCCACAGACUUGGGAACAACGACAAUAAUUGGGCAGGUGCAACCUCCGCCGCGAGCUAUGCAGCUGAAGAAACAGUUUAGCUUGGACCAGGGCAAACAGCCACAACCUCCACCUAUACCACCCACAACACGCAUAUCACAUGCUGAAACGCCCACGACUGAAAGUACUAGUGCAUCGCCCAUUCCGACUCCGCCAAGACUUGCCACAAGUGGCAGUGACAGUGGUAGUGCUGCAUUGCCAUCAACGGUCCCUGCCAAAUUGCUUUCCUCGCUGAAACCACCGCUUUCCAGUAAACUCGGCAUGAACAUUCUCAAGGAGAGCAGUUCGAGCACUGAAGAAUCCAAAGAUGGUGAUUCGGCGGCCGGAUCCACCUCAACCGCCGGCAUGGUCAUACCGCAAAUAAGUACCGAUCUCGUGCAGGACGAAAUCGCUAAACUUUCGUCGAACAUCAAAAGCAGUACUGAAUCGGAGAAGGAUCCUCCCUACAAUGAGACAAUGUGCUGAUUUUUAUUGAAACUUUCCUCCGUUCUCGGCAUCUCGGCACAAUCGUCUGUCUCCAAUUCUUCAGCAUCUACUUCUUCUUCCUCGUCGGCGGCAACCGAUGCACCGAUCGACCGAGCUGUGUCACAAAAUAGCAACCAAUUUCUAUCGAUUGUAAAUAGAUUCUAGGUUAGGUUAAAUCGUGUC